ACCGCCAAUCGCUCGUUUAUUUAUCUAGAAUUACACGAUUCGUUUUUACAAUGUAUCCUUAAUUUCUUUCGAUCUUGGAAAAUUUUCUACAUCUGUAAGUCGCCUUUCGUUACUAUAGCAUAUUGUAAUCGGUCAUGUUUUUAAACUACAUGUAUGUAUAUGUACAUGCAUUACAUGGAAGAAAUAUUUUCGACUCGAUUUUCCAUUCAAUCUUUCAUUUUGAUGUUCGACAAAACGACGACCAUAGUAAUAUGAAAUACUUCAACAUUUCGGAAUGAAAAGUAAAAGUACUUCGGUUCAAAAUUUUGGAAAUUUCGUCGAACAAAUGAUUGAUGAAGCAUUAGAAAAUAAUGAGCAAAUGACACAGUUCCAUCGAAUGAUCUAUGAGAAAUGGAAUAUCAAGAAAUUAUCCGAGUUAGAGAAUACCGAAUGGAUGCGAAAUGAAAAUAAAUCGUUAGAAUCAGAUAAACAGAACAUAUCGGCAACGGUCGCGCAUCGUAGAUCACGCCGUCACAAACAUAAGCGAUCCUCCUUAAUGAUCUUUUGUAAAAUACCUAAGAGUGAAAGAAACUUGAUGGGGCAAUCGUUAACGAUGCAAGCACACAACUCAGUUUCAAUCGUCAAGAAACAAUCUACUACUAACAAAAGCGACAAUUUCAGUGAACUAAAUGACAUUAAUUUCGGUGAUACUAAAAUUGUCGAACUUUGGAAGAAUUCGACAAAACGAGCGACGGAUGAAUUGCAAAUUGCGACAAACAAUGUUCUCGCGAAAGCCUGCAAACCUGAUCGUAUCCACGGAUUAGUCAAGCAACAACAAAGUAGGAGAAAGUUAUCCUUCGAAGACUGGAAAGAUAAAAAAACCGUUAUAUAUCAGCAGAUACUUAGAAAAAUAGAAACUGAACGGCAGCGGAAGUUACUUGAAAAUUUGGCAAAUAUGAAAUGGAAGAAAGUAAUACGGCAGGCACAAAUACGCAAAAAGCAGGAAGAUAAAUAUCGUCAAAAGCAGAAAUUAUUUCGUAGAAAACACUUUGAAACUACUAAACGAACAGGUGCGAUAGUAAAAUCUAAUUGUGAUAGCAUCCAUGAAGCACAAAUUAUCAACGAAUGUGUUUUGUAUACGCCGAAAAAUCAAAAAGAAAUAAAAUUGGAUAAAGAAAAAAGAAUCGUAUCGAAUAUUAUGCAGGGAUCAAAAUUGAAUAGCGCAGCAAGUAACGGUCGAAAGAAUAAAACAGUUUUGAUGGAGGAUUCUAUGGAAAACAUUAAAUUCUAUUUUUGGUUAAAUCAAUUGAAUUGUGCUCUUCAUAAGAAGUAUUUACGCGAACGCCGACAUCUUGUACGAUCAUUUUAUUGUCAACCUUUCUAUUACGGGAGUGCAACACCUUAUAUCAAAUAA